UGGGGAUUUAGCUCAGUGGUAGAGCGCUUGCCUAGGAAGCGCAAGGCCCUGGGUUCGGUCCCAAGCUCCGAAAAAAAGAAAAAGGAAAAAAUAAAAGGAUUGAUAUUUACAUAUGAGGGCGGAUUACAAGAAGUAGAGCGAAGAGCUCGCUCACAAAGGACAGGAAAUUUCAGAAAGCGAACCCGCUGGGGAACUUUGAAUACCAAAAGCCUCAGGUUGUCCCAUGCUUUAGGAUACCUUUUGGUACUCUUGUACGACCUGAAACUCUAUACACCUAGUUUGGUGCCGGACGGGAAAAAUAGAUGGACCUGCACCGGAAGCGUGGAGAACCGGGCGGAGAAAACAGAAGGACUGGCCGGAAGCCAUAUGUGGGGGGUCUGAGAAGGUGUAAUCGUGCUGAUUACUGAAGCUUGUUUUCUCAGCCCAGGCACAUUUUUUACUUUUUUCUUACAAUGGCUUCUAUUCACAAAUUACUGAUAGGUACUUAUAUUCAUAGAAACUUCCUGAGGCCAAGGGCUGCAGUACCUCCGUUUGUGGGUAAUCACUUCGUAGACUAUUCUUCCAGUAGUCUUCAGAAACAAGUGGCUUCUGCUAACAAAGUCUCCCAGCAGGGAAAGACUGAAGAAGGCUUACAAGGACAUGACCACAAAGAAGUUGCUUUGGAUGUACCUUCUCCUGACAGGACACCUGAAGUUAGUUUUGAUAAAGCAAUUAGAGAUGAAGCAAUGGAACAUUUUAGACGUUUGAAGGAUGAAAUUGUGGCUCAUGUGAGAGGUCCAGAUGGCCGCCCACUACAUGAGGUCAUAAUGGAACAAGCCAGGGUUGUCUGGCAGUUUCGUGAAAAAGAAGAUUUGGAUAAGUGGAUACUGACUUCUGAUAAGACAAUUGGAGGUAGAAGUGAAAUAUUCUUGAAAAUGAGCAAGAACAACCGAAGUGCCCUCCUUUAUGGAACUCUGAGCUCUGAGGCGCCUCAGGAUGGGGAAAGUAACCAAAGUGGAUACUGUGCGAUGAUCUCCAGGAUUCCAAGGGGUGCUUUUGAGAGGAAGCUGUCUUAUGAUUGGUCCCAGUUCAAUACUCUGUAUCUCCGAGUCCGUGGGGAUGGCCGGCCUUGGAUGGUGAAUAUUAAGCAAGACACGGAGUUUAUCCAGAGGAAAAAUCAGAUGUACAGUUACUUCAUGUUCACCCGUGGGGGACCCUACUGGCAGGAAGUCAAGAUUCCUUUCUCCAAAUUUUUCUUUUCAAAUCAAGGAAGGAUACGAGAUGUACAGGGCCCACUGAUACUGGACAAGAUCUCUUCUAUAGGAUUCACUCUGUCUGAUAAGGUGGAUGGACCAUUCUUUCUGGAAAUAGAUUUCAUUGGUGUGUUUACUGAUCCAGCCCAUACAGAAGAAUUUGCUUAUGAGAAUUCUCCAGAUCUUAACCCAAGACUUUUCAAAUAGAGAACUGGGGACAGAUUUGAGUAAAACUAGAGUGAGUAGUGGUGAUAAAUAAAACACGCAAAACCUUUCUGUCUGCCCUGCCCCACUCAGUACUUACUUAAGACAGGAAGUACAGCAUGGCCUCUCAGUGGAGUCUCCUGGAAGUUCUUCUGAGCUCUUACGUAAAGCUAAAAUAAAAGGAAGCAUACUGAAAACAGAAAUAAGACCUUUGUCUACCACCUCCCCUCAGCUUUUCUGCUGUGCUGGAAACUGAAAUUGAAUGCAGAGCCUCGUGUGCAAGACAGACAUGAGCUAUACUCCUGUCCGCAAAUAAGCAUUUGUUUAAUGUAGUAAUGAGUGUGGUUAUAUAUUCCUUAUCAUUAGGUGCUGUUGCUAAGAGAGCAGGUAUUUGGGACCCAGCUUGAAACCAGGGCUUUAGCUAAUAGAAACACAAUGUAAGGAACACAUUAGCUGGGAAAAUUCCUAUAGGAGAUUGUCCUGUGUAAGGAGACAGUUUUCUUUUUUUUUUUUUUUUCCUUCGGAGCUGGGGACCGAACCCAGGGCCUUGCGCUUGCUAAGCGCUCUACCACUGAGCCAAAUCCCCAACCCCCAGGAGACAGUUUUCAAAUAAGGAAAUGGUGCAACUGUGGUUGGUCUUCUACCACACUGUCCUUUUGUUUUCUAAUUGACCUUUGAAGAAAAGAGUCUGCUAAACAAUGUGAAGAUAAAAGUCAGUGGGAAAUUGCUUGCCUUCCAAAGACAUGAGAUUAGUAGUUCUUACUUUCAGGGGCUUGCAUAACUAUUGCUGAUAGGAGAGACAGACAGACUAUGGUUGCUAAAGAACACCAUUCAUUUAAAAAUGUCACAGAGGGAGCUAUAGAGCUAGCUCAGCACGUAAGAAUACUGACUGCUCUGGGACAGUACCCAGGUUCUCUUCCCCACACCCAUAUGGCAGCCCAGCAUUUUGGGUUGAUUUCCAGGGGUUCUGAAGCCCUCUUUUGGCCUCCAAUGGUACCAGUCUCACAUGUGGUGCAUAGACAUACAUCCAUAUAUUAAGUGAAAAAAACUUAAAGGCUUGGGCUGGAGAGAUGGCUCAAUGGUUAAGAGCACUGACUGCUCUUCUUUUUUUUUUUUUUGGUUCUUUUUUUCGGAGCUGGGGACCGAACCCAGGGCCUUGCGCUUCCUAGGUAAGCGCUCUACCACUGAGCUAAAUCCUCAGCCCCAUGACUGCUCUUCUAGAUAGAGGUCCUGAGUUCAAUUCCCAGCCACCAAAUGGUGGCUCAUAACCAAAUGUGAUGGAAUCUGAUGCCCUCUUCUGGUGUGUCUGAAGACAGCUUCAGUGUACUCAUAUACAUAAAAUAAAUAAAUCUUUAAAAAAAAUGUACAGGCUUAUUUUAAUUUCAUGUGUGUUUGUGUUUGCCUGCCUGUAUUGUCUGUACACCACGUGUAUACAGUUGCCCAUGAAAGCAAGAAGAGGGUGUUGGAUUCUGUGGAACCAGAGGUACAGACCGUUGUGAGCCAGAGCACCCUAGUGCCAAGGACCAGCCUUGGCUUGGAGAGCAACCUCAGCAAGGGGUGUUUAGGAACAGCAAAACUAUCAACUCGAAAUCAAUCCUACGGUACAAGCUGACAGCCUUCUGUUCUGCUCCACAGUUCUCCAGAGAGCUCAAGACAGCUCAGCUCUUGUAGACCAAAGCCCAAUCUUUUACUUAGCAAUUCAAUCAUCCUCUUAUGGACUCUGUGGGCACCUGUAUUCACACAUACACACACUCACACAUAAAUAUUAAACUUUGUUUUUCCAGACAGGGUUUGUCUCUGCCUCCUGAAUGCUGGGAAUAAAGGCAUGCACCACCACUUAAACAUUACUUUAAUAAAGGUAGGGGUGGCGGUUUUAAACUAGGCCUGGAGGUAGGUCUACAAUCCUAGAUGCUUGUGGGAGUGAGGCAGAUGGUUAACACAUUCAAGGUCAGCCUGAGCUAUAGAAUGGAUUCAAGGCCAGCCUGAGCCUCCUAAUGAGACUAUGUCCAAAUGAAGGGUGUAGUUUCAGUGGUACAGAGCUUGUUGAGUGAGAACAGCUCUGGGCCUGUUUUCCAAAGGUGCAAAAUCACCUUUGGAAAGAGUAUUUGCACCAUGAAUUACAUGAUCAGUGAAAAUAAUGCUCCAGUUUUCUCAUACGCUCACCAAUACGUGUUUUGUGUAUGUGAAUGUGGUAUAGGUAUCCAUAUGUCAAGACAUGCAUGUAGAGCUCAGAUGUUUUGGUUUUUUGGUUUUUCCAGACAGGGUUUCUGUGUAGACCAGGCUGCCCUCAAACUCGGAGGUCUGCCUGCCUCUGCUUCCUAAGUGCUGGAAUGAAAGGUUUACAUCACUACUGCCUGGACACAACUUCAGAGGUUCAGCUUCAACUUUCACAUUGUUUGAGGAAGGUCUUAGUUUGAAACUUUGUAUGCCAGGCUAGGGAGCUGGCAAACUGCUAGGGAGUGUCUUCUCCGCCUUCCCUGUUGUGUAGCUACAAUUAUAGGUGUGUGCUACAGAGUAUUCAAGGCAGAAACAUGGCCCACUGAGCCAUCUUUGUUCUGUUGUUACUUUGAUACAGGGUCUUACUGUGUAUCCCAGGCUGCCUUUGAACUUGCAGCAAUCCUCUUGAUUCUUCAGUGUGCUCUCAAGUACUGGGAUUGCUAUAGAAUAUUUUGUCCAUGACUUCCUACCAUUUUCGUGGCUGGCUUUGAAUUUGUGAUCUUUUUGGAGCCUCGUGAGUGCUGGGAUUAUAGAACUGUGCCAACAAAUCCAUCUUAAAAAAUUUUUUUUCUAAACAAGUCAAUUUAUUUAAACAGUUGACUUAGGCAUCUGCAAUGGUGACUUCAACCUUCACUCCUGGGUCAAUACUGAUGGAAAUAAUCUGUUUAACAAUCUCAGAAGGACUGUGUAAAUCAAUGAGUCGCUUGUGAAUUAUCAUCUAGAAACGAUCCCAGGUCUUGGAACCUUCACCACAAGGUGUUUUUCUGGUAGUGAUUCUCAGUGUCUUGGUAGGCAUGCACACCGGUCUUUUCACUUUCAGAUUCUUCUCCUUUGUGCCUCUGCUCAAACCUUCUCCAGCGACUUCACAUAUCGACUGGUGAGCGUGAUUGAAUUUGGUGAAUCGCCACUUCCGGCUCCACAGGUGUCUUUCCGGUACCUUUAAAUGCCACAGCUGAGGCUUCCUGAUCGACUUGUUCCUCAGCAGGAGCCAACAGCAGUGAGUCAGGACAGAGGAGACUGGACAAAGCUCGGCAGCACGCACCACCAGGUCUCAAAAAGCCAUCUUAAAAUUCUUAAAAAUAAUUUUUAGGCCUGCCUUGUGACCCCAAGACCAGCCAUGUUAUAUAGCAAUCUACUGUCUAAACAAAAAAUGAAACUUUAUUAAACUUCUUUUGUUUAGGGGCACAUGUGAAAGUGAGUGGACAGAUGUGAGUCAUCGGUAGGUUUAGCAGCAAAUACCUUAAUCCACUGGCUGAAAGUUUAUUUACAGUUAGCUUCUUCGAUAUCAUAUCUAAGAAGUCUUCUUCAAUUCACCCACGAUCACUCUUACAUUUUUAUAUAAAUAGUUCUAUUGUAAGAAGGAACCAAACUGAACCCAUUUUGAAUAAAACUUCUAUUUUGAAUAGGGGUCAAAUAAAAUUUAAGUUACCAAAACCUUCUGGGGUAACUGACAUCCUGGUUGGCAAGUUGAGACAUGAAUGUUAGGCAAGUCGAAUAACCCAACCAAUGAGAACAGGGUUAAGUGUACCACAAAGACAUGCCCCUAAGGAAGUCGCCUUUCCCUAAACUCUGGUUGAUGGGGUAACUUGGCACAGAUGUUAAUAGUUUUGAAGUUCAAAGACUCUGUUAUAUUGAGUAUAAUAAAUUUUUCUCAUCUGCGUAAAUACUAAGAUGAACAUUAGAAGAUGCGGUCAGUUGCUACGUUUGUGCUGCUGUCCCUGACUAGUCUGUUUUUGCUGCCUAAUCCAAAUAAAUAUCUUGUUUUGCUGGA